UCUCAAGUUAAAAAACCGACAGUCAGUUCCUGUUCUGUAAUGGGCAUCUUGUUUAGCAAUCUAUGGAAUCGACUGUUCUCUAAAGCACAAGUCAAAAUUAUUAUUGUUGGUCUUGAUAAUGCUGGUAAAACGACCAUUCUAUAUAAGCUUUUGAUGAAUCAAGUUGUCACUACCACACCUACUAUUGGUAGUAAUGUAGAGGAAGUCGAAUAUAAGAACCUGAAGUUUGUCAUGUGGGAUAUUGGUGGUCAAGAGUCGUUGCGUAGUACAUGGAAGACAUAUUACAUUGAUACUAAGGCAGUAAUUAUGGUGAUUGAUAGUACAGAUGUCAAUCGACUUUACUUGGCUGAGCAAGAGUUACACCAGAUGAUGGAAAGCGAUCAACUACAAAAUGCAAGUCUACUUGUAUUUGCUAACAAACAAGAUAUCAAAGGAUCUUUAGGUGCAGCCAAAAUAUCAGAAGCAUUAGGAUUAAGCAAAUUAAAAGAUCGACAAUGGCAUAUUCAGGCUUGUUCUGCACUCACAGGAGAAGGUUUAUAUGAAGGCUUGGAUUGGGUUGUUUUACAACUUACAGGGUCAUAAAAUGCAAUAAACAUUUCGCCUAUGUGCGAUUCAAAAAAGAAUACGGUUUCUUUAUAAGGCCUAGUAUUCAAUUAUGGG